AUGGGUAGUCCCAUCGACCUAAAUCAGUAUGCGCGACAACUCGAGAUUUUCAGGCAACAGGACCAUAACCGUCAACAACUGAUUAGCGAUAUCCUGACGAAUCAUGCAAAUCUGCAACGUGCGUACCAGGAGAAGUGUGAAGACUACAACAACGAAGUCGAGUCUCGCAGGUGGUGGCAGACGAAGGCACAGAACUGCGAUGGCGAAAUGCAGGCAUUACGCAAGACGCUGAAAUCCAAUCCUUUUAUUCACGUCGUCAUCGACGGAGACGAUGCAGUAUUCCAGGACAACCUCCUGAAAGCCGGAAGGGAAGGAGGCUGUCAAGCAGGGCACCUCCUCUACAGCGAGAUAAUGAACUGCGUCAGCAAGGUAUAUCUUCAAGAGUCAACUCAGGACUGGAGCGUCGUCGUCCAGGUCAUCCUACAUCUUGACGGCCUUGCUAAGAGGCUCCAUGCCUCUGGUAUCAUCCCCAACACUGCCGCCGACCGCACUCUCGCCGACUUUGGACAUGGUUUCAGCCGCGCUCAGCCCUUGUUCAACUUCGUCGAUGUUGGCCCCGGCAAGGAAGCCGCCGGUCAUAAGAUUCGCGAGACUCUGCGCCUCAUGGUUCGCAAUUACCAGUGCAAGCACAUCUUUUUCGGCCCCUGCCAUGAUAACGGAUACCUACCCGUCUUGGAGCCUUAUAAUGUAGAUCCAGGGAUAAAUUCACGCCUGACGCUUAUCGAGACCAUCGCGGCCGGAGAGGGCUUCGAACAGCUUAAUCUCCGUCGAAUUACGUUUCCUCCGAUAUUUAGAUCCGAGAAGCUGCCCGGGCGCACUCAGCGAUCCGAUCCCGGCAUACCACACUCGUCGCCCCAGGCAAACGGCACCGGGAGCAACGGAGACGGUGGCUUACCAGUGAGAACCAGUCCGAAAGGGGGCCAGCCGCCUCGUUUCACGAGCCCGCAGUCUUCGGAUCCUGGUGCCGUGGCGACCAGCUUUUGGUCUACCAUCUCUACUGGAAAGACAAUGGAUAUUUCCUCCAAGAAGCCAGCCCCCAAGAAGUACUAUCUUCUCAAUGUCAAUAGCCAGCGCGUUGACGAGCAGCUCCCGCGUGUUGACCAAGCCGUCGAGGAGCAAUUUAAGAAACGCACGCAAGAGUCUGGCAAAAACCUAUGCAAUGAUUACCAUCUACAUGAACGCUGUCCAGCCGGCGAUACUUGCGUAUUCCUGCAUGGUGCAAAGCUACGUUUAGGAGAACUGACACUGCUCGUGCAGAAGGUGGGCACUAGCGGUCCCCGUACCCCGCGAUCUUGCUAA